CUAGGUCAUGGCUUUAUAUGUUCAAUAAUGUAAACGCAGAUCUCAAAGCGAGGGAAAACUGUUUUAAGUUCAACUAAAGCGUUUAAAUGCAUUGCACAAUGGUCUGACAUUUAAAAAAAAGAUUGAUCGGAAUGCUAUAAGUUCGGAAGUUAUUAUUUAAUGCAAAAAUGGAGCAAAAAUGAAGCACAGAUUUAUAACUGCAGUUAACUGGAUAUUCUCAUUUUCUCUGCAAAUACCAGCUGUAUUACCUGUGGAACCGGUGCCCUUUUUUCUUUCAAACUAUAAAACGUCGACGCCCAUGUGCGACCAGGGUAAGUAUUAUAGUGAAACUCCAAAUGGAGGCGGUCGGUGCAAGAAGUGUCGACCAUGUCAUAAAGGCUACUCAAUAGUCCAACAUUGUACAGAGACUAGCGGUUCCAAAUGUGAACCGUGUCCAGCAGGUACCUUUAGUGACAGCAGAAACGGGGAUUGUAAGAACUGCACAGUUUGUGAUAAAGGUUACUUCGUGAGAAAGCCAUGCUUACCUUAUAAAGACACCAGGUGUCGGAGAUGUCCCGAAGGGACUUUCUCGGUAGAUGGGACUCGAUGGGCGUGUAGAUAUUGCAGAAUCUGCAGCAAACGUCAGGACGAGAUCUUACCUUGUACGAUUAAAAAUGAUCGAUUAUGCACCGAAGAUUUUAUAAUGGCUACCACACAAUCUGAAGUGAUAUGGACAGAGAUAGAAGUUGAAGACAAUGUUGAAUUCAGCAUACAUACCCGACUAGUACUGGUUGCCACAUGCACGGCGAUUUCAUUUGCCUUCUUAAUUGUUUUGCUCGCUUGGACGUUACAAACUUACCAUAAUUUGGAAGACCGGUAUCAGAUGACGCUGUGUAAGAUUUGUGUCCUGUGACACGUCGAUGAUCAUCCGGAAGUUGUACAGUAAUGCACCAGUUAUUUGUAAACAAGCCCCGCCCAUCCCCACCGCCCGCGCUCCGGGGUUAUACUGGGGGUAACCGGGGAAAUAGGCCGUGUUUUUACCUUCCCGCAGUGCCGGUCGAAUGCGGUGGUUUUUGUCUUCGUGCAAAAUAUAGCGGGGAAUGGGCCUUACCUAGGGUCCCUGGGGUGAAGGGACAUUAGGCGGGAAUUUACCAUCAGUUCGUCCCCGCAGGGCGGGGAUUUUACCCGGGCUUGGCUGAACCGAAAGUUAAAGUCCACGCUACUCCCCGGACCUGGGCGGGGCGUGGUAACACUUGACCGGUUCAUAAAACGUGUUAAUAGUGAUAUUGUGUCAAGAUAUCAGUACUAAUUAACGCUGUGUUAUUUGUGUUUUCUCGGCACGUGGACGCUCACCUGAAAUUUGAUCACAUACACGUGCUAACAAAAAUAUCAUUUUUUUGGAGAUCGGUUGUCAUUCAUGUAGACUCUACGAAGCAGCUGUCCAGAACUAGUAACUAUAGUUCUCAUGAGAAACCUCAAUGAAGGAUCCAACCUUUCAACGUUUCUUUAUUAAAUGAUCACCAUGUUAAACGUUAGGGCAAGCGGUUUUCAACAGGUUUAUUAUUUAAGGAAUGAAUUGCGGGGUUGAUGUCAUUAUCGGGGUAUGAACGCAAUUGGG